AUGAAAAUAAAGGAGACCUUUUUUCAUAGUCUUGGUGCAGCCGAUAGCCGGAGGUUUGUGUUCAGUCCAAGAACUCCAGCCAACGGUGUCCUAAGCCACUGGUUUAGUGUGACUUCUUCUUUUCUGCAACUGGAGGCCUUCUGCUUGUUGUCGCGUGCAAUGCAACUUGCAGCUUAUGCAUCGAUAUGCAAGUAUAGCCCUGACGGCAGACGCUGUGGGCGUCCGGGUGGAGCGCGAACGGCGGAGGCCAUGUCAUCUCAGUUGUCGAGUGCCUGCCCAGCACUGCGAAACAGCGAAGUGGAAGCUGGAGCGGGUCUGUACUACGGCACACACGCAUUCUUCGGUUACGUUGUCCACAUGGCUGCGGUGGUGGCGAAGUUUGAUCUAGGGUGGCUCAGCAGACGUCUUAGCAUCACCACCCAGUACGGCCUGAGAACCCCCAAAAUUCACCAUGUGGUUCUCGCAUUGAUCCGAAACUUCGCCACACCAGCUUUCCUUCAAGGAUAUAAGGAGUUGUCUGUCACAGCACAACUUCGACAAUUUUUCGUGGUUGCUCGACAUAAAGACUGGUGGUUCCUCAAUUCGUAUAGCAGUGGCGUUCAGCACCCGGAUGCCCUUGGUCCUCAUCAGGAAAGUAGCAGCGAAGCAGCCUUCGCCUAUUGGGCUGUUGCCAUGUAUGCUAAAGUAACUGGCGACCGACGACUAGAACAGUGGGGCCGAGUGCUGGCGGCCACAGAGAUUUAUGCCGCUAAUGCAUACAUCCAUAUCAAGGAGUGGAACGAGAUUUACCCACCAGCGGUGCGAUAUCUUGGAGCAAUUGGAAGAUUACAUGAGAACGCUGCAGUUUUCAACACCAUUGAAGGUGUAGAGCCAUUCAAAAUAUUCAGCAAGCAAAUAAUACCACUAACUCCUUUCUCACUGGAGAUCAUAGAUGCCGGCUGGGCACUCUGGAUGACGGAGCGCUGGAGAAAUGCAUGUGUCUCCAAUUUGUCGAAGUGUUUCAGAGAGUUUGGUGACAUUGGUCUAACGCACAUGUCUCUCUUUACACAGAAAUGGACAGCGGAAGGUGGCCCGGAUGGUAUUGACAGGGAGGCCACCAUAAAGGCGGAGAUUGAGCAAGCCACUCAGCAAGUGCUGCAUAUUAACUGCUUUCAGGUGAAGAGCUUCGACUGUGGAGUCCAUACGCUCUCGAACGCGUUGUUCUUUGUCGCCAUGACACAUGCGCUAGGAGGCGCGCCGACUAUCUUGGACGCAGAGGAUGGGAACGGUCGCUAUAGAAUAUAUUAA